AUGGCACCAUCAGUAGAAACUCCAAAUCUCAAGCCCCGUAAAAAGAAAGCUGCAGCCUCGAGAGCUUCCUUGAUUCAGUUGCAAGGAAAUGAUGUCAGAGAAGGUCAACAGGUGCAGGUGCGUCCGUCUUUAAGACCAGGAGGGAAGAAAGCCUUCAAAAAGAGCUCGAAGAAAGAAGGCUCUCCAUUGUUCCAACAACCAGAGAGGUCGAACUCUGACUCAUUGCCAGACUCCUCUGCCCCGGUAGAUGAAUACCGGCAUCUAAGACACAAGUAUUUGUUGUUGGAGGAAGAUAGCUCUGCUGUGGAGGGAGCUUUGAACAAGGUUGAGGAUGAGGUGAAGACCCUUGAAGAUGAGAAAUUUGCAUUAUUAGACCAGCUUGUUGUUUUAGAAGGCCUGAUUGAUCCUUCAGAAAUGCAGCCCAAUGGGUUCUAG